AUGGAUUUUUUGAAGGAAGAGAAUGAUGUAUCUUACACAAAAUUGCCUUAUUCUGUAAGAGCUGCUAUUUUACAGCAAUUAGGGCUAAAACCUGAUGACUCGCGUUUUGAAGGAGUUUUUAUUGAUGCAAAAAUGCAGCAAGAUAUUGAACUCAAUGAAAAGUUCAAGUACAUGAUAAUUUCUAAAAGUAUGAUUGAUGAGUAUGAGACUAAAAAAUACUCGUUAUCAAGACCACCUAUUCAAAAGAAAAACCAUUUGGAACACAUCCGUAAAAAAGCAGUCGCUUUAAAAAGUGAUAAAAUACACAAGGAUCCGUGCUCACAUGAGUGCAAUGAAGCCAACAUUUUUGCUUGCCUGGCUAAAUUUAAACUUUAACGGUUAAACUGGCCAUAAGCUGGAAGCCUGCUAGCAUUUGCCUUGUCUUGGCUCCGGCGAGAAGGAAGUGAGGAUGCCUCGUGCGGAGCUUGGGGCGUGAAGAAGGCGCGGAACAUCAUCUCCAGAGCCAAUACCCCUCUGGAGUAGGAACCCGUGGCCGCUAGGUCCAGAAGCUAAAGGAACAAGGGUCUCCCCUGCAGAUGGUGACGUCACCAUUUUUGAGGACGUCACCAGAAAAGAUGGAAACAUAGUGAUGAGAAUUUAAUUUAGCUGGAAAUGAGUUGGUUUGUGGUUUGUGCUGAGUGGAAGAUGCUUGGCGUGAUGUUGAUGUGCUGAUGGUGCUGAUGGUGCUAAUGGCGCUGCUGGUGCUGAUGGUGCUGAUUUGGUGGUAACGUAGGGUAGGGAUAAACUAAAUUCUUAACUAACUAACUUGUCUUGGCUCAAAAGUAGUAGUCUCCAUUGCCUCAAGAGACAAAAGAGGGAAAUUCCAGAUCGCCGCUCUGGAUCUCCGCCUGAGCCACUGUCCAAAGGCUCAGCUCCUAGGGCAGAGCCCAUCUCCUGUAGAGUGCUCCGAUGAUCCCGAUAAGGGAAGACCAUAUUGUAAGCAAAGCCUGUCUAGCCCAUCUGGGGGGGCAGAAAGCCUUCGGGGAGAAACAAAACUCCCCUCUUCUGCAAGGCAUCCCCAAACUUGAAGACCUACUUCAAAAGGGACAGAGGUCCUGCUUUCAGCAUCAUCAGGAUGGGUCCAACCUGCUCCAUAGGAGCGCGUCUCGGAGUCCAAUUUCUGUCAACGUCACCAUUUUAUUUCUUUGUCUGUCUAAGGCAUGCAAAGAAGAAGAGUUUAGGAUCGUUGUGCCACAAAGUAUUUUAAUAGGAUUUGGUCUGAACUCUCCAAUGAGAAUAUGAACUGACAGCGAUGGGUUACUAAAAUCAGAGCCUAUUGAUUGAAACAAUUUACUUCAUUAUAUGGAUAUGUUUGAUGAAUCUAAUGAAUCUUUCAAUUGCCCUACAUACGUAUUAAAAACUAAAAGCCUGCAGCCUGAAGACGGUAGAUGCUGUUCCUAUGUUGAAUUUUUCAAAAAAGAAGAAAGCAACGAAGUGUACUCUCGCCUUCAUAAAUUAUCAUAUAAAAGCGUAUCAUGCCUUUUACAGCAAUUUAUCAGGCCUAAAGGCAACUGUGCAUCAAAAUUAAGAGUGCAUUUUACAAAUGAAUUUCAAAAAGGAUAUCUUAUUUUUUCAAGAAGUCCUUUUACACAUUCUAAAAAUUCUGAAAAAAGCUUAAAAGAAUUCAUACCACAGCAGUUUUUGAAUUCGUCAAUAAGCUUUAAUCUUCACUCAAGCGUGUACCAGGAAAUGUUCAAGCUGAAGCCAUUUCAACCUCUUACAAACCACACAAAUUUUUUUGAAGACAACCAUGGAAAACUAAACUUUUUAAGGCAAUGCUCUCAAGUAGCAAAUUUUAUGUAUAUGGUUGCCCAAAUAAUAUCGGUAAGUAUUAUUGAUUAUGAUCAAAAAGAGUUUGCACAUAAUAUGAUUAGGUUUUUUCGAGCAAAAAUAAAAAAGUUAGCUGAUAUUCUGAGCAAUGAAUUUAAUGAAAAAAAUAAGCUAACUCUCCCCUCUGUGAGAGAACAAAACCAUGUGAUAUAUAAGUGUUUAUCAAUAUGAUGAAAUCUCUAGCUAAUUUUGUUUAAUUUAAAUUAAAUAAAUAUUAGCUUUCCACUUGCUGCAAAUUUAAAUUUCGCAAAGAAAAAUUAUUAUAAAAUUUAUAUAUAAUUUUUAAAAAAAAAUAAUUAACCCCUCUCCGUGAGCGAACAAAAUUUUUUAUUUCAUAGGGGGAGUAAGCAACAAUGCUCAUAGCAGGUCUGGCUGAUCUUCAAAAUUUACUGUUAAAGUAAGUGAAAGCGAAGACAUUGACGUAUAUGAAGUGCUAUCUAAUAAAAAGUUUAUAUCUUGCACAAUAGUAUGAUCAGAGGCCAAAAAAUGCUUGAAAAAGGUAAUGCAAAAAAACCAGACAAUUUCUUCAAUUGUUUUAGAUUUUAUUGAAGCCAUAGAUGGAAACUUUUACUUGAUAAAUGCUCCACAUAUUGUUGCAGAAACAGUCAGCUGUGCAUCGAUUCCAGUUUUUAGUGAUUUUAAGCAUAUUUCGCUGUUCAGUGCAACAGAAAGUUCCUCUGUAAGCAAAGGGAAAAAGCAGCUUGUCUGCUGUGGAGAUUAUUGCAAACUAUUGAAAAGAAAUGACUAUGAAAAUAGAGAAAAAAUUGAGUUGCUCAUGAAACACAAUAUGGAAUAUGCAGGGACACUAUUUGAAUUAAUGCAGUUGCAAGAUAUCCUUAAUAUAGACACUCUCCAGCAUUUAUUAGGAAAAGAUUUAAGGCCUCAAACCCCAAUUACUGAGCAUUUGCAAUAUAAAAUAUUAAGGAAAACAAUUUUGGAGGACAGGAAUGAUAAAUAUUCAUUGAAAUCACUAAUAAAUAAUUUACCAAAUAAGUUAUUAAGAGAGCUUGAUAUAAAAUUGCAGAGGAGUAAAGACACAGAAGCAAUCAAUCUAUAUAUUCAAAAGCAAAAUAAUAAUUAUUCAAAGGCAAGUUUGAAUAAAAAACUGGCGUGGGAAUUUGAACUGGUGCCAGUUUGUGAUAAAUGCUAUAAAAUUUAUAGCAGAAGAGAUAAAAAAACUAAAGAAAAGUAUGAGAAGUUUAAGGAAGAAAUGCUUCCAAAGAUACAUUCAUCAAAUAAAAGAAUUAGAACGCAGUCGCAGUCACUAGAAGCCUCUCAAUUUAUAGAUGAUUCGAAUAAAUCAUCAAAUUAUGGAAAUUAUGGGUAUUUGGCAAGACCUAGAGGAAAUCUUUUAGAUGUUACAAUACAGUCGCCGAUGAAUAGGCUUAGGAAUUUAUCAUACGAGGACCUGAGAUAA